UGAAAAAACCAAUCGAAAGUUUAUUGGUAGCAGUGAAUUUCAUUCGAAAACACAAACAAAGCAUCGUUAGUUUAUUUUCCGUUUUUUCCCGCUCAGUGAAAACGUGAUUGCGUUGCUCUUAAAAUUAUUUCACUUAUAAAAUUAUUAUAUUCCUCCUAAACAAUCAAAGUUUUUGGACACUUUCUACCUGUAACUCUUCUUACUUGAUUUGGUAGACGUAACAAAACAAAUAGUCGAAUAAAAUAAACCUAAAAGACCAUGACGUCGUUUAGUUUUGGUGAGCUUCAACAUCAAUUGGAAGCUAGCACCACAAAUAACCAAACCGGGGUCUCAUUUAGUGGUAAAUCACUAAAAUUAAACUCUGAGCAGGAUGCCGAGGAGGUCUGCGAGGAGAUAAAGAAAUGCUCGCGAUUGGAUUACCUAGACCUGGAAGGUAACACACUGGGUCCGGAUGCUGCUAAAGCGAUAUCGGAAACCCUGGCGAGUCAUGGUGGUGCUCUAAAACGAGCAUUAUGGAAGGAUAUGUUUACCGGCAGAAUGAAAACAGAGAUUCCAAAGGCUUUGGAGUACUUGGGAAAUGGACUGAAUAUUGCUGGAGCACAUUUGGUUGAACUGGAUCUCAGUGACAAUGCAUUUGGACCAAUUGGUGUCCAGGGACUUGCUGCAUUAUUGAGUUCAAGCACGUGCUACACGCUCCAGGAGUUGAGGUUGAACAAUAACGGGCUGGGAAUAUCUGGAGGAAAGAUGUUGGCUAAAGCGUUGCUGGAUUGUCAUGCCAACAGUUCAAGAGAAGCUAAACCACUGGCACUGAGAGUGUUUAUUGCUGGCCGUAAUCGUCUGGAGAACGAGGGUGCAACCGCUUUGGCUGGUGUCUUUGCUAAACUUGGAACACUUGAAGAAGUUGUUAUGCCGCAGAAUGGAAUUUAUCAUCCGGGUGUGUCAGCCUUGGCUACUGGACUUUCAGCUAAUCCGGGAUUAAAAAUUUUGAAUUUGAAUGACAACACAGUUGGUCCUAAAGGCGCUCAAGCUCUUGCUGAUGUUCUGUCAAACUUUCCUGGUCUGGAGACGCUCAAUCUUGGAGAUUGUCUGCUUAAAUCCAAAGGAGCGAUGGUUAUUGCCAAUGCUUUGGGAGCUAGGGAUAGUCAUACGUCUCUGGUGGAGCUUAAUUUAGCGUUCAAUGAAAUAAAAACACGAGCUGUUGACACAUUGGCCCGCGCUACUAUUGAUAAAACUCAGCUGACAAGUCUGCAAUUGGAUGGUAACGCUUUUGGAGAAGCUGGCAGAAAUUCUUUACGUGAAUCACUAAAAAAUUACGACAGAAUCGAUUCCUUGGAGCCUCUUGAGGAAGAUGCGACCGAUGACGAGGAGAGUGGAGACGAUGAGAGUGAGUCUGAAGGCGAAGGUGAAGAUACGGAAAAAGAGGGCAGUGAAAACGAUGACAAAGGGGUUGAGAAUGGUCACGCAAAAGUUAACACAGUAAAUAACAUCCAAAUGUCAACUCUACCUAAAGCAAAAAAACCAGUUGAUGUCAAAGAGUUUUUAAAAGAACCUACUGGAGAAAAUUUCCUUUUGCUGGAAGGCGAUAAAGCAGCUAAACUUUUGGAUCAUGUUAAGAGUAUUGUCAAAGAAAAGAAUUCUCAAGACCCUCUGCAGUACAUUGACGAGUUACUGCCCGUUAUAAUGAAAGUCUCAGCUCUCUGCGGAAGCGGAUACGGAGAUAUUAGAGUUGAAGCUGAACAAUUGACAGACAAAUUGUAUUCCCAGCUUUUUGAUUAUGCGACAACCAAUCAACAGAUGUCUUAUGUCAACAAUAAUCUUCUCGUUGUCCUAGGGCUCAUCAAGGGUGAGAAUAAAAAUACAAAUAAAGCAGAUUGGAAUUUAGAAGGCUGCUUCAAAGCACUUGAGAAAGUAACUCAGCAAGAAUAUUUUCCACCGUUAACAAGAGCAACAUUGAAGCUCUUGAUCGAAAGAUCAUUUCCAACUAAAAGCAAAACCUAUGAUCCCUGCUAUGACGUAAAGAUGUCAUUAAAAACAAUUUUGGAUAGAUUACAGAAUACAUAAAAAAAAGUAAGAGUUUGAUUGAGCGAAUCGAUAUUUAAAAAAAAAAAAAAAUUUUACUUAUUAAUACUGAGUGCAGUGUUAUCACAGAGAUCUAUAUUUAUAUUAAAUAUGAUAAACUAAUUCAAAAUUCUUCAAUGUGUAGCAUAUUUUAUUCUAAAAUUAUUUGACGUUAAAGCUUUGUCGGCCCUAAUUACAUUUUAAAAGUUCAUGUAAAAUCAUCCAAUAAUAAUGACGGAAUAAAUUAAAAAUCAGGCCAAUUACCACAAAAAUUGAUUCAUAUAAUUAAAAAAAAAAAAAAAAAUACAUAUUUUUAUAUAAAUAGUUAUCGUUUAAAAGGUUUUAUUUGUUACAUCACAUAAACCAUCUUAAAAUGAAUAAUAAAUAUAAUAUUAAGUCUAAUGAAUAAAAUAAACAACCAUAAUUUUUAGCUUUGGAAGGCAAGGAUAAAAAGUUCCAAUUCUUUGUCGUCUAAAUAUUCUAUAACUUCUAAAAUGAUUUCACAUGGCAAUUGCGAAAGACGGUUAGAAGUAGAAAAACGUAUUUUUUUGCACUGGUUCAAAAGUUUAACUUUUUUUUGAGCUUGUCUGAUACGCGCUUUUAUUCUACGACCGAACUGCAUUCCUGGGAACGUCCAGCUAAGCUUUUUUGUAGAAAGAACGUUAAUAAAAUUUCCGACUCUUACAAGUUUUUCUAAUUCUUUGCUAGUCAGCAUAAGAAAAUUGUAAAACGAUAUACGUUUAUUACUCAAGUGAAUAAAAUCGUCCUUUAAAUUUCAAAAAUCCAUUUUACACGUUUCUAAAUACGGAUUCACCCCAGUUUCAUCUUCUUUAAUAAAUUUAUCCAUCAAUUCUAUUUCUUGUUUGGGUACAGUCGGAUCGUGAAAGUACUGUCUGCUAAGUAAAUCUUUUAAAAUAAUAUCUUGAGUUUGUAUUCUUAUCGGGGUCAAAUAACAUUUGGAUAUUCUACUUAGGUCAUUGCCAGGGCAGUCCGGGAAAUAACAAUAUUUCGAAGUUUGAGGUGUUACAGCGUUAUACAGAGCUUUUGAUUUAGAAACGGAAACUCCAUAUAAAAGCAGAAAUACCAAGAUAUAAUCACAAUGAUUAGCAGCCGCCAUAUUUACUAGGAAAUCUCUUGGAUUUUUGUUUAUCGUUCCUUCGAAAUCGAAUCCUCUUGAAAUUAAUGAAUCCAGCACAUCCAGCAAAAAAAGUAUGUAAGAAUAACGUCUUGAAGACGGUUACUUGUAAUUUUCGUAAUCUGCAAUUUCUCAUACGUCAUCCUUUGUACUUUACUAAAACAAUAGGGGCGUGUUCAGAAAUACACUCUGGAGAUGAAAAAUUACCUAUCCAGGUAUGAUUAGUACCUUUGUAAUGUUAAAUCGCACCUCUGGUUUCACCAGAGGAUACUUCUGAACGCAGGAGUUGAUAUUUCUCUUCCAGAGUGUGUUUCUGAACACGCCCUAGUAGUCUUAUGAAACUAAAGAAAAAAAAAAUAGACAAAAUAUUUAAUAACUUGAAAAAAACUUGCGCUUAUUAAAUAUAUAAAACUUUGCCGUAAAAAUAUUAUCUGAAAACUAUCAAUUAUUGUUAGUAACUUGCAAAAUUGUGUGAGAUCAUUUGUUUUGAAUACGUGCUAAAAAAUUUAUAUAUUGA